ACAGGUCCAGACCGGGGCUCUCAGAGGUGGUCUACUAGCUCUCCCGAUGGCUGUAGGGGACAGAGGAGCGACCAGAGGCAGGUGAAGCCCCGUCAGAGAACUACACGAUGGUUUAGAGAAGUGCCUUUUGCAGAUCAUAAGGUUUCAGAAGUUGGAGAUUCGUUUGAAUGAAGACUGCUUGUGGACUGACCUAUUAGCAGGAAGCAGGACAGGUAAAAGUAAAAUCCAGAAGUUAGGAAAACCAGCUAGCAACUUACUGCUGUAUUCAAGGGUGAGGCAAUGGAACUUGAACUGAGUGGCCAGAUGGGUCCAAGGUUACAGGUGAGGUGAGCACACGUGUGUGUGUGUGUGUGUGUGUGUGUGUGUGUGUGUGUGUGUGCGUGCACAUGCCUACUGAAGGCGCAGCCAGUGUCAGAUCCGCUGAGCUAGGGAGGAGUGUGGUGCCAACAGGAUGUGAGACUGCCAACAGGAAAGAGGGUGUGGUUAAUAGCACACGAUCCUUCCAUCCCACACUCUAGUGUCUUUCUUACAAUCCCAUCCCCCUAUCCUCGUUAACCCUUUAAAGGUCCCGUGGAUUCAUUGGUUAGUAAUGACUGCUUCUCUUGGGUAGUUCCCAUUGUAUGGCUUUGGCAGGCAACUUGAUACCCUAAUCUCUUUAAUUCUGGGAGUCUUAGCAGCUUUCUAAAAUUGGAAGAGUUCUUGGCUGCUUUUCUGUCUCUUGCAGGGUCCCUGAGCCUUGCCCAGCCUUUGGUAAAACCUCUUCCUGCCUUAAACUCUGCUCAGUUCAAUCCUUUGAGCAUGUCCUUGGGUUUCUUCUGAAGUCUCGAUCCAACCAGGUAGUCCAUAUAGGGAAGGGGAUCCAAUGACAGGGAGCAGAGACCGAGAACCCCCUUCCUGUCCAUGUCCCUAUCCUCCCAGGCCCCACCCCCUUGUUCCACUUGUUAGGAAAACCACAUGAAGACCAAGUUGCACAUUUGCUACAAGUGUGUAGGAAGUCUAGGCCCAUCUCCUCCAUGUUCUCUUGUUGGUGGCCCAUACUCUGUGAGUCCCCACGGUCCUAGGAUUGUUGACAAUCUUCCAGCAGCCUCUUUGAUCCCUCUGACUUGCUCACUUUUAUCCCCAGCUCUUCCGCAAGACUUCCUAGGUUAAGCCUGAUGUUUGGCUGUGGGUCUCUGCACCUGCCUCCAUCCGCGGCUGGAUGAGGCCUCUCAGGAGACAGUUGUGCUAGAUUUCUGUCUAUAGCCAUAUCAGAGUGUUAUUAAUAGUGUCAGAAUGGGUUUCAAGUUGGAGCAAGUCAUUGAGUGGCUGUUCCCUCAGUCUCUGCUCCAUCUUUAUCUCCGUACAUCUUGUAGGCAGGACAGAUUUUGAGUUGAACAUUUUGUGGUGGGUGGAAUGAUGUCACCGUCCCUCCUCUGGACAUCCUGCCUGGCUGCAGGAGGUGGCUGCUUCAGUCCCUCUGGUAGGAAUCUCAGCUAAGGUCACCCUUAUAGAUGCCCUGUACCCUCUCCCAUCCCAGUCCUCCAGCUAGUCACUGGAAAUGCACCCCCUCACCCACUUUCCUUCUCACUCCCAAUGCCCCCUCACCGAUUUCCAUUCUCACUCCUAAACCCUCUGCUGCCCCUUCUCUCCCCACACCUGAUGGCCAUCCCCAAUCCCCUCUUUACCUCCUCUCCUUCACAGUUUUCUCUCCAUCCACAUCCAAUGACUAUUUAGUUUCCUUUUCUGAGAGAGAUUUGCACAUCUACUCUUGGUACCUCCUUACUACCCAGUUUCUUUGUGUCUGUGGAGUGUAGCAUGGCUAUCCUGCACUUUAUAGCUAAUGUUCAUUUAUAAGUAAGUACAUCCCUGUGGUAGUUUGAAUGUGCUUGGCCCAUGGAAAGUGGCACUAUUAAAUGUGGCAAUGUUGGAAUAGAUCUGGCCUUGUUGGAAGAAGUGUGCCACUGUGGGAGUGGGUCUUUAAAUCCUCUUCCUAGCUGCCUGGAGGACAGUCUUCUGGAUGCCUUCCCAGUCCAGAUGCAGAACUCCGAGCUCCUGCUCCAGCACCAUCUGCCUGGAUGCUGCCAUGUUCCCCCCCUUGAUGAGAAUGGACUGAACCUCUGAACCUAAGCUUUUAGAAGAAACAAAACAAAGCAGAAGAAAGAGCAGAGAAGUCCAGCCUGGAAGACCGUUGUGAAGUGUGUGUGUGUGUGUGUGUGUGUGUGUGUGUGUGUGUGAUGUUGAGAAAGGUUUAACCUGCUCCCACUCUCACCCCAGAUGUUGGAUACAUGCAAUCUGUGUUACAGAUCAACAGAUAAGUGAAAACAGAAUUUUUCUUCUAGAAGUACAUUUAUUAAGAAUAGGUUUUGUGAAAAUAAGAAAAAGUUUUAAAAUUAUUUUUUAAUUGUAUGGAGGAAUGUAUUUAUGAACAUAGAUGCCCAUAGGGACAGGAGAGGGUGUUGCAUCCCUGCAGCCAGAGGUCCAAGUGUUUGGUGGGUGCUGGGAACUGAACCCAGGUCCUUUAUUAGGACAGCAAGCAUUUAAACCACAUAGCCAUUUCUCUAGCCCUGUAAGUUAUGAAAGAUUAGACUAUUUUUAGUAAAUGGAAACCCAGGUCCUCCUUAAUGAUCCUCCAAAAUAACUCGAACGUAGAUGUGCUAUGAUCUAACAUAACCUAGAUGUGCUCUGACCUAACAUAGAUCUAACAUAACCUUGAUGUGCUCUGAUCUAAAUAGAUCUAACAUACAUAGAUCUAACAUAACCUUGAUGUGCUCUGAUCUAAAUAGAUCUAACAUAACCUUGAUCUGCUACCUCUAGGAUAAUAAGAGGAACACUGGCAGGAUCUGUGUGAGCAUGAUCUGGCUCGGACAUGUUGCCCAUUGAUCGGGGGUUGAUUUGGUGAUCUGGCUGGCUAGCCACAUUCUCCUUUUCCCCCCUCCCCACUCCACAUGAGCACCAUCCUUGGCCAAAGAGGAGACAGAGGAGGAACAUCCUUCGAGGAAGGGGUAGGGACUAGCAAUGCUUCCCUACUAGAACCACCCAACAAGCCUGCAAUAUCUAUAACAAGAGAAUGUAGCUUAGUUUUCACGUGUAAAUGAGUUACUACAUGGGGAAGUGUGCCUUUAAAUAAACAAACAAGCAAACAAGCAUCUUAGUGCUUAGAAAAGACAUUUUAUUAAUUCUGUAGUUUGAAGCCAUUCGGGAUAGGAGAAGAUUCUGUAGUUAAGGCCUUUGUACAGAGAAACAUGCCAUUAAUCUCUGAUAGAUUUAUAAUUUUUUUUUUGUCGUUGAUUUGUUUUUUGAGACAGGGUUUCUCUGUGUAGCCCUGGCUGUCCUGGAACUCACUAUGUAGACCAGGCUGGCCUAGAACUCAGAAAUCCACCUGCCUCUGCCUCUCAAGUGCUGGGAUUAAAGGCAUGCGCCACCACUGCCCAGCACAAGCCAACUUUUUGAUAGAUCUUUUGUAGUUAUUUUAGUUUACUUUCAUUAUUUUGGUUAAUACAUCAGGACCAUGGUCAAGGCAAUGGAAAUCUCAAAGUGUCUUGUUAAAGCAGACUUAACUGCUGGUGGGAGAGGAGUGGUAGAGGGCUGAGAACUGUCUAAUCAAACACAAAUGAAAUAGUCAUUUCAUAAACAUUCGGCUCUCCGUGCACUGGACAGCACCUGACCUCGGAGAGGUUUGUGUGUCACUAAGAGGGGAUGCUUCAUUGGUUACAGUGGGAAGUCCCUCGUUGCAGGUUAGUUGACAGCAUCUAGCAUAGUCUAUCAACUAGUAGUUUCUGAUUGGUUAAGUUUACAUUGAAUUGGGCUCAGUUGCUUCUAAAGAAACAUGAGAAACUAGAACUGUGCUCUAUAGUUUUAUGUCAACGUGACACAACCUAGAGUCAUCUGAGGGGAGGGAGCCUCAAUGUUAAAAAAAAAAAUGCCUCCAAAUUGGGUUGUAGGCAGGCCUGUGGGCCUAAUUUUCUUAAUUAGUGAUUGAAGGGGAAGGCCCAGACUGUAGUGAUUCUUGCCUUCCCUGGGCUAAUGGUCCUGGGUUCUAUAAGAAAGCAGGUUGAAGAAGCCACACAGAGCAUGCCAGUAAGCAGCACCCCUCCAUGGCCUCUGUGUCAGCUCCUCCCUCUAGGAUCCUGCCCGGUUUGAGUUCCUGUCCUGACUUCCUCUGAUGAUGAACAGUGAUAUGGAAGUGUAAACCAAAGAAAUCCUUCCCUUCCCUAGCUGCUCUGGUCACGGAGUUUCAUCUUAGCUAUAAGACAAGGUGGUAUGUGGCUGUAGGACAUGGCUGUGACAGACCUGAUCAUGUUUUUGGGAGGACUAUGGAAGGACUUUGGGACUUUGGGCUAGAAGAGCCAUUGAGUGUUGAGAGCUUAGAGAGCUGUUAUGAAGGAUCUUGGAAGAUAAACAUGUUGAGAUCACUGUAGAUGAUGGAGGCCUGGCUUGUGAAGGUUCAGAGGGAAGCAAAGACUCUACCAGGGUAUUUAUGUGAGAAACCUGUGGUAUAAGCUCAGCUGGGGUUGAACAGCCAGCCAUAAUUAAGCUUGGCAUCUUUGAAGUGAGACCUUUGAGUUCCUGGGACAAUUGAUGCUGGUUCGAUGGGGCUGAAAGUUAGCAGUGAUUAAGAAGAGAUCGGAUCACUGUGUCAAACUCUUCUGGGAAGUGCUUUCUGUUUACAGCACACAUAAGCUGUGUUCCAGAGGUGGCUAAGGUUGUACUUUGUGCUGGCAUCUGAACUUGAGAGUUAAGAGCCUCCCAGGUGGAGCUGGUUUUGAGGCAUGAAGGGGUCAUGAAGAGCAGCUGAGGCUUGUAUGUGGCAUUGUAGGGCUGGAGUUCCCGAGGAGAGCCCAGGAGAGGCCAUUGGUGAAAGGGCAGCCCAGCUGCAGCAAGAAACCCCUGCAGUUUGGAGAUGCCAGUACCAUGGGCAUGACCACCAAGAACAGCAGUAGCAGCGGAGUGGAGGCAGUGGAGCCCAGAAUUCCAGUCGUGUGUGCUGCAGAGGGGAGAGCUGGAGAAAUGACCCAAGCCUCUUGGAGGAGCCCAGAAGAUUGUGAGUGGAUCCCAGUGGACUCUAGAUGACUGGUUCUCAACCUGUGGGUCAGGACCGUAUGGGUGCGGAUUGAACGACCCUUCCAUAGGACCCUCCCAAGGCCACCGGAAAACACAGAGUGAAGAAAUUGAAGCAAUGGCAGCCAUUUAUGGCGAGGAGUGGUGUGUCAUUGAUGAGAAUGCCAAAAUAUUUUGUAUUAGAGUCACUGACUUCAUGGAUGACCCCAAAUGGACACUUUGUUUACAGGUGAUGUUACCAAGUGAGUACCCAGGUACAGCACCGCCUGUUUAUCAGUUGAAUGCUCCUUGGCUGAAAGGGCAUGAACGUGCAGAGUUAUCAAACAGCCUUGAGGAGAUCUAUGUGCAGAACAUUGGUGAAUGCAUUCUUUACCAGUGGGUGGAGAAAAUAAGAGAUGCUCUGAUACAGAAAUCUCAAAGAACAGAGCCAGACGACACAGAAGUCAAGAACAAAACUGAAGAGGAAGAGGUUGAGUUCGAAGACGAACCUAUUCUAGACAACCCGCCGGAAAAUCCAGUUAAAACAUUGGACCUCAAAAUCAGUGAAACCCCACCAGAAACAGAAGAAUUGCCUCCAGUUGCUCAUGGCGUUCCCAUUACAGACCGCAGGAGCACUUUUCAGGCACAUGUGGCCCCCGUCGUCUGUCCUGAACAGGUGAAACUGGUUCUUUCCAAGCUGUAUGAGAAUAAGAAGAUUGCCAGUGCCACCCACAACAUCUAUGCCUACAGGAUAUUCUGUGAGGAUAAACAGACCUUCCUGCAGGACUGUGAGGACGAUGGAGAAACAGCUGCCGGGGGCCGCCUUCUUCACCUCAUGGAGAUUUUGAAUGUGAAGAAUGUCUUGGUGGUAGUAUCCCGCUGGUAUGGAGGGAUCCUGUUGGGACCUGAUCGUUUCAAACACAUCAACAACUGUGCCAGGAACAUCCUGGUGGAGAAGAACUUCACAAAUACCCCUGAUGAGCCACCUAAGACUUCGGGUGGAAAGAAGAAAGUGAAGAAAGACAAGAAGAAGAAUGAGCAUUAAUACUUGAACCUGUGUGAAAGGUUAAUUUUCCAGCCACUGUGUACAUGUUCCCAGUGGUCACAGAGUACAUUAAGAUAGCACACUGACAGCUCAAGUCAGCCAGUUCAUCAUCAUUCCACCAGCAUUGUGUUUCCUGCUCUGGUUCCACCAUUUGCCAGAACUAGAGAAUUUAGAGCAUACUCACAUGUGUUUCACAUUUACUUGGGAGAACUGCUGUGAGCUUAUUUGCCAUUUCAUAUAAUACUAGGAAGUGACACAUGCACAGUGUUGUUCCUGAGCUAAAUGUCCAUUUCAGUAUUGUCAUGUGCCUUUGUUAGGUGGGGAAGACGUGUCUCCAGGGGAAGAGAAAUGACACAUUUCUUGUGAUAGAAGGGAAUAGAAAUGACACAUUUCUUGUGAUAGAAGUUACCAUGCUGUUAAAUGAGCAUUGCUUUUACUGCUCCUGAUAGCUUUUCAGAGUGGGAGCACAUUGAAGACAGAGGUCUUGGGGAGUCUUUCUCUUGUGACCUCACAAGUUAGUCACGCUUCCUUUCAUAGUAUUCAUCAUGGAGUGAUAGUUUACGUGAAAACCCAGGAGUAUUCAUCUGUGAUCAUGUGCCAAAGUGAUAGUUUACAUAUUUGCUAGUCCAAGUGUUACUCCUCAGUUUUGUUGCAAAUUGGUGAUUGUGAAAUUUCAAAAAGUUAUUAUUUUUAGUUGUUGCCUUUUGUUGUUUGAUUCCUGUAGUGACACACAGUGAGCAUUUAGUCUCAGUAGUCCUUCUGCCCCUUAAGUGUGUUGAGGUAACCUUCCAGUGUCUCUGAGUGACCUGGAAGCACUUCCUUGUGUUCUUCCCUGUGCUCUGGUCAACUCACUUGCAGAACGAGAGGGAGGCAGCAGGACACCGUAGGAGCAGGCUGGCAGCCGCACAGUUUGACACACAUUUGCCAUUUGAACUCUGGCCAGAUUUUUUUUUUAAUUCUGUGAUUUUUUUUUAAAUUGUUGUUGAGAGAGAGAGGGACAAAUCUUUUGAUUAGAUUAAAAAAAAAACUCCCUAAUUUUUGUCUAAUCUCCCUUUUUAACAAGUGUUUUAUUUAUUUUUUACCUGCAUAUUGUUUGUAAGAAAUAAGACAAAAAUUCCCUUUGACAUGUAGGUAAGCUGUACCCUGCUAUCUUUCAGAAAUAAUGCCAACAAUUACUAAAUUGACCAAGUGAUCACAGACCAGUUUGACUCCCCUCCCAAGGAAGAGUCAGGUGUUAACUGGCAGCUUUGGGAGAAUGCUGGAGCAUAGAAAGCGCCUGAAGAUGGGCGGAUGUUUUCUCUUCAUUUUUAAGCUUGAAAGAUCCACAUCCUCUCUUGGUAUUUUAAAUAGGAAUCCAGUAGCCAGCUUUAUACUAGAGUGGGUUCUGAGACAGAAGUCUUAUUUUCAACAUUAUUUAAUGUUGUAAAUUAUCAAGAAUUAUAGGAUGACCUAUAUGUGUGUAUUUGGAACACUUACCUCUGUUUCCAUGAAAUGCUAAGUAUAUCCUAUGUAUUAAUUGUUACAGAACUUAGACAGUAUUUGCUAAAGAUAUAUAAUCUUGACAUUUCAGACCUGUGAAAAGUGAUUUAAAACACUAAGAAUUUUAUGCUGCAGAAAAAAGAAGUUAAUUUUCCUAGCACACUGGAUUAGAUCUCUUUCCUGGUGUUUUGUCUAAAAUGUAUUACUGUUUACAGAAGAAAGGACAAUUUUUUAUAUCUCUGAUCUCAUUUUCUUUCACUUAAAAUGUGUUUUCCUCAGUUUACAAGAUCGCUUAACCUUCUUCACUGCAGGUGGGAGGGGAGAUCCCAAAAUCUUCAGUUUUAACUUUUGAAAUUACGUAUUUCACAUAGCAUCGAUGCAAAAUAAUGAUAGCAUUUUUUUUUCUCUAUUAAAGUAGAGAAAAUCAUAUGUAGAGAAUUUUCUAGUUCUCCAAAUUAUAACUUUCUAAAGCCAGGCGUCUGCUGUGGCAUUCUCUAUAUUAUAUUAGUUAAUGUUUUCCACAUGCCAGCAUAUAGAGCAAAUAGCACCGACUUAGAUGGGCACAGCAGAGGCUGCUUCAGGAGGUGUCUAUCAGAGACAGGCUGCUCGGAAGCACUCAUUCCAGGGCAGACAGCAUGGAUACUGUUUACAGGGCAGGUGAGUGAUACUGUAAUCACUUCAGUGAAUUGUAAUCACAUCCAGUCCACUAAAGAGAUGACCAUAAAUGGUGUAUACAGUUUUUAUUUUUUAUUAUGCAUGAUUUUGUAUAUAUGGCUAUUUUUCUUUCUGUAAAAAUGGUAUUAAACCGUAUAUACUGUUUUGUAUCCUGCAUAUUUCAUAUAGAAGUAUAUUGUUAACAUUUUCCCAUAUCAAUAAAUAUUCUUGUAUGGCUUAA